AUGUCUUCAAACGGUCGACUGACAGCGACACAGAGCGAGCAGUCGGAGACAAUCUGGGUCGAAAAGUACAGGCCUCGCGAGCUUGACGAGAUCGUUGCCCACGAUGAAAUCCGCGGAACGCUCCGCAGGUUGAUAGCGGAACGCACCUUGCCCCACUUGCUCUUUUACGGGCCACCGGGAACAGGCAAAACGACAGCAAUCCUCGCUUGUGCACGAGAAAUGUUCGGGGCUCAGUUCAAGACAAUGGUACUCGAACUCAACGCUUCAGACGACCGGGGAAUCGACGUCGUCCGCGAGCAAAUCAAAACCUUUGCCUCGACUCGACACAUUUACGCGUUGAAGGCCGGGAUAAAGCUGGUUAUCCUUGAUGAAGCGGAUGCGAUGACCUCCGCGGCCCAAGCAGCGCUACGCCGGAUCAUGGAAAAGUACACGAGCAACAUUCGGUUCUGCCUGAUUUGCAACUACGCCAACAAGAUUAUUCCCGCCAUCCAGUCGCGAUGUACCCGAUUCCGCUUCCAACCGGUACCAGUUGCGCAGAUGAUCCAGCGUCUUGAGUACAUUGCCGAUCGCGAAGGCGUCCCAGUAGAUCGGGCCGCUUUCGAUGCGCUAGCCCGCAUCGCACAAGGCGACAUGCGACGGGCCAUUUACCUCAUGCAAAGCACAUUCCUCGCAUCUGCCUCCGCUCGAGUCACAGAAGAUGGAGUCUAUGCGAAUGCUGGCAUGCCCAGCCCCGCUGAUCUGCAUGCGAUCGCCCAGAUACUGCUCUACGAUCCUUUCGCACAAGCCUUUUGCAAAAUAAGCGAAAUCAAGAAAGGUAAGGGCUUUGCCCUGCUCGACAUGAUCCACGGCCUCCAUGAGGCCGUUAUGCUCAUGGAGCUCAGCCCAAAGGUGAAGGCGUUUUUGUUUGAGCAGCUAGCCAACAUGGAAUGGCGUCUCGUAAGCGCAACCUCAGAGCGCAUUCAGCUGGCAGCUCUGGUCGGAAUUUUCCGCUUGGCUGCAAGCAUGAUUGACGACUCGGAGUCCGGCAUGGACCCCAAGGCGGCCGCCGCGGUCGAGAAACUUGUCCAGGGAGCCGGCUACGACCAAACCCAGCAUGGAUGA